AUGACGGAAAGGCCGAGAGUUACCUUUAGCAAUAAGGUCAUUGCUUUAGUGACCCCUCAGACAUUUACAUCGGGAUACAAAAUGUGGACAAGCAAUCAAAACGCAAAUUCACUAAUCUCCAACGACAAUUUUUUCUUUCCGUCUUUUACAACUACUGCAAUUAGUCUUGCUGACAGAAUUAAUGAUAGAAAACAAUUAAGUGUUCGAUUUGGAAGAUAUGAACCUGAUGAUAUUGAUCAAUUUCAGUUCCAAUUAACAAUACCAAGACGUUCUUCAGACAAUUUCCAUAAAUUGGAUUUGUUGUUGGAAUUUGGGAUGGUGCUUAAGAAUUAUAAAAAUUUAAAAGUCACAGGUCUUGCUCAUGUCAACACUGAGUUGGAUUUUUGCUCUGAGGUGUAUUUGAAUGGCGAUUUUGUGCUAAAACAAUCUUAUGCUUUUCAUGGAACGGAUCAAAUUGAAACAUAUAAUACUCCAAUUAUUGACUUUACCUCUAUUGACUCCAUGGAUCAACUCUCGAUCAUGAAUUUGUUGGAUUCCUCGUUCAACAGAGAAGUAACUGGAAAGUUUGUUAAGGAAUCAUCAUUUUGUAAGCAAGGUCCAAACGCUGCCUCCCAAAUAACCAUAAAUCUAAAUAUUAAGAUUCCUGUACAGACCUACUCGUAUGAAGUGGAAUGGUUUGAAAAAGCUAAAUUUGCAUGGAUGCAGUAUAUUGCAUUUUUGCCGUUAUUCUGGUACUUCUUCUAUCGGGUAAAGAGAUUCAUGAUAUUGCGUGGACUUGUGAAUACAAGAAUGCAAUCUCCAACGAAGAAAUUAAUAUAA